AUGGCAAGUCUGAACAACAUCACAAUGCGCAACACAAUAUACACCUUGCUACACUCGACCAGAACUCAAAGACAGAAGUCUACUAUGACCUCAAAGACAGACGUUUACCAUAGCAAGUCUGAACAUCAUCACCAUGUGCAACUUAAUAUACACAUUGCUACACUCGACCAGAACUCAAAGACAGAAGUUUACCAUGGCAAGUCUGAACAACACCACAAUGUGCAGCACGAUAUACACCUUGCUACAUUCGACCAGAAUUCAACGAAAGUGGUUUAUCUGGGCAAGUCUGAACAACAUCACAAUGUGCAACACAAUAUACACCUUGCUACAUUUGACCAGAAGCCAAAAAAAGUGAUUUAUCUGGGCAAGUCUGAACAACAUCACAUUGUGCCUUACAAUAUACACCUUGCUACACUCGACCAGACCUCAAAGACAGAAGUAAACCAUGGCAAGUCUGAACAACAUCACAAUGUGCAAUACAAUAUACACCUUGCUAUAUUCGAACAAACCUCAAAGACAGACAUUUACCAUGGCAAGUCUGAACAUCAUCACAAUGUGCAACUUAAUAUACACAUUGCCACAAUCGACCAGAACUCAAAGACAGAAGUUUACCAUGGCAAGUCUGAACAACACCACAAUGUGCAACACGAUAUACACCUUGCUACACUCGACCAGAACUCAAAGAAAGUGGUUUAUCUGGGCAAAUCUGAACAACAUCACAAUGUGCAACACAAUAUACACCUUGCUACAUUCGACCAGAACUCAAAAAAAGUGGUUUAUCUGGGCAAGUUUGAACAAAAUCACAUUGUGCCACACAAUAUACACCUUGCUACACUCGACCAGACCUCAAAGACAGAAGUUUACCACGGCAAGUCUGAACAUCAUCACAAUGUGCAACUUAAUAUACACAUUGCUACAAUCGACCAGAACUCAAAGACAGAAGUUUACCAUGGCAAAUCUGAACAACACCACAAUGUGCAACACGAUAUACACCUUGCUACACUCGACCAGAACUCAAAGAAAGUAGUUUAUCUGGGCAAGUCUGAACAAUAUCACAAUGUGCAACACAAUAUACACCUUGCUACAUUCGACCAGAACUCAAAAAAAGUUGUUUAUCUGGGCAAGUCUGAACAACAUCACAUUGUGCCACACAAUAUACACCUUGCUUCACUCGACCAGACCUCAAAGACAGAAGUUUACCAUGGCAAGUCUGAACAACAUCACAAUGUGCAACACUUUGCUACACUAGACCAGAACUAA